UGGACAAAGCUUCCCAGCAUGCCGAGCUUCCUGCUACAGGGUCUUCCGGGGAGGCUGUGCAUGGGCCUGGCCUGUAUCCUCUCUCUCUGGAAUGCAGUGUCUGGUCUCAAAGGAGAAGGCAAGAAAGAUAAGGGAAUGGCCCUCCUACCCACUACAGAGUCUGGAUACAAAGGCCUCAAGAAGGAGAGGUAUGGACCCUUCCUUUCUGCAGCAGAGUCUGUCUUCAGAAAAGAGAAAAUGAUAAAGGGGGUAGAGGUUCUGGCGACCACAGAACUCCCAGCAAGGUCAGUUGACCUGUCUGCACUCAACCUGACAGAGCUCGUGAAUGCCAUGCUCCUUAGAGUUUUAAAAGACAGCAAGCAAUUCUUCUCCGUGCUCAGCAUCACUUCUCAUAGUUCGAUUGCCUUUCACAAGGUUUCCGUGGCCAUCUACAACAUUUCCAACCCAAAGAAAGUUGAUCCAGCCAAAUUUCCGACCAGAUACUGCUACUGUUUGAGCAAUAGGACCAAUGACUUGUCAGAUUUCACAGCUUUGCUAGUGGACAUAGUUGGAAAUUCUACGAGCUACCUCACUGAGAUUUUUAAAUCAACCUCCAUCCUCUCGGUGAGUCAGACCAAUGAAUCCGACUGUGUCUUCAUCUGUGUGAUGGCGGGGAAGUCAGGAAGGACUCUUUCUGACUUCUGGGAGAUGGUGGAGAAAUCCCCUGUUAUCAACUACACGUUUACCAGUGGUGUUUCCAAUGCUUUGGUUGCACCUACCGGGCGAGCAGCCAGGACUCCAGGGUUCACAACCCAAAGCCAGCAAUCACUUCUAAGAUCAGAUCCCACACUUUGGAGCACACAGUGGUUGUCUGCCCUGAAGACCCUCCCCUGGACAAAGACAAGUACUCCAUCCCGGAAAGAGGUGACAGAAAACCAAGAGAUGACUGCAGAGCUUCCUGUUGUGACCAUAGCCACACAGAGUACACCUGCUCACAUACAGCCAACCUCAGAUACGGGGAGCGUGGCCAGAACACCAUGGGUGGCAAUCAGACAGACAUGGGCUCCUACAGCAUCCAUGUCUAUGUCCCAGACCGUGGAUGACAGCACAUCUAAAGGACCACCCUGGGCAAGCCUCCCUUCCACAUCAACCUCCCCGGUAGAUGCCCAGCAGCUCAGGAGCACAGGAAGCCUGGUGCAUCCUGCUGGGCUACAGACCACACCCAGCAGACUAGCACAGCCCAGCGUAGCCUCAGGAACUCUGACCGCUGGAACACAGACUCCAAGUCCAACCAAGGCGCCAGCUCCGAGAGCCCCACGGACAGAUGCUGGUCCUGCAGAGGGGCCAUUCACCCUUGAGUCGGAGCCAGCCCUGGUCCCCCCAGCCCACCAUGUUUCAAGGUGCCCCCAGCCGCUCCUCAAAGAGGGGACCAUUACAGACGCUCCUCUGCCCCUGGCCAUGAAGAAACUCAACCCAUGCCUGAUGGAACUCUGUCGAUUCUUCCAGCAAUGCCUCUGUGCCAGCCGAAAGCGAAAUCUCAGUUCAGAAGCCAUGAGGUAUUGUCUGGAAUACUAUUCCUGGUUUCUGAAGAAUGCGACACUGAUCUGUCAGAGGGUGAAGAGGGUGUCCCACUCUCGAACCUUGAAGCAAAAAUGCCUUGAGAAUGUCUGCAAGUCUGUGUGAGCACCUAGAAGUGACGUGUGUCACCAAGCCGCCUCCCUGGCUUCGUUCCAGCUUGACUGUAUUUUCAGAAUCCAGGCAUGCCCCACCCAGGUCAUCUGUAGAGAGUCUCUUUGGAAGCAUUGGGUUUUUCUCUCCUGUCAAUCUGUGUAAUAUACUGAAGUCAAACGUUGCAUGAUCAGUGGAGUGACACCAGGCUUCCCUGCCUUCUUCAGAGCAAUGGAAACCUAUGAUUGAGGUUCAAGAACCUACCAUUAUGCCUACAUCCUGGAGCGAGGAUUUGUAUUAUUAUACACACAGCAGUCUAGCAUAGAGAGAACUGAACCACAUACUGCAAAUGGCUCAAGCUUGGGACUUUUGGAUGACAACUAGAAGAUAAAGUGCAAAGUCUUGACUGUGUUUCAGAGGGCUCUCACUAUGGUGCUGGGCAGUUGGCUGUACACAACUAAGCAGACUUCUCACGCUACAGCAUCAAGAUGCUCUCCCAAGUCCCUGUGUACGAGGUGAUGGAAACUUUUCUUGGGACCAUGGAGGUAUGGUGAUCUGGACUUCCUUUCUGCAUGCCCCAUUGUUUUCAUGGGCUCUCUAGAAAAGCCUUGGGCUCAGCUGUUCAGGAGCCAGGCUGCGGAGCUUAGAAAAACUGAUGUAGUCAUGCUGCAUAACUAGCAAAAAGACAAGUAGGAAAACUUGAGGAGAGCUCUGGCUUGACCUUCUUGUUCUCCUUGACACUUGCUCGCACAGACAGUCAUUACACAUCACUCUCCAAGAUGACCCAGGCUGAUACACGUGGAGUGUUGUCACCACGGAAGCUCGUGUGCCUCUGUGUUGUGUCAUUUAAGAAGGGGGUGACUGAAGGGCUGUUCUGGAGUAUUCGGUCUCCAGAAAUUAAGUCGACACUGCAUGGCUCAAGGCCCUCACCAUAAGUCACAUGUUCGCAUAAACUACAUGUGUGACCCAGAGUUUAUUGGGUGCACAUGCUCCUUUUGACUUAUUCCAAGGCUUUAGGGGGAGGAACUGAGAGCCAGAACUUCCUUUGAAUGCCUGAUACUUCCUAAGCCAGAUUUGUCUGCACACCCACAUACUGAUGGGCCCCUUAGUUGUAUCAGGUCUCUUUUCACUAUCCCUGGUCUUCACAUGUCCCCUGUGAAAACACAGCUCUGUACAAGGCAUGGUUAAACAGGUUGGCUUUCGGGUACGGUCCUGUGUGGAACCCUUCUCUCCUCAUUUUCCAAGGACAGCUUUCCUUCUGGUGUGCUGACUGUCCCUGUUACCCUCUGUCUGUCACCUUAGGACUCUGUCGGAAGCAUUGCUUACUUUAGUAAUCCAAACAGAAAACAGUCCCCCAGCCCAGAAGAGAGUUGAGCGCCCUGAUACUGCGUGUGAACAUGAAGGUGCUCAAGGAUGAAGAGCUUAUUCAUGGUCGGAGAAGCAGCCUGUGCUCUCCCACCCAGAUACACAGAAAAAGGUUCAUUUUUCAUCUGAACGGCAUUUCAUCUGAGGCCUUUCAAACCACUCAGUUGUCAAGUUUGUUUGCUCCUGUUAUCUUGACUUAGGGGAGGGGGUAGGAAAUGACCUUUGGGUUUGCAAAGAUGGGGUAAAUGUAGCCAGAUUUCUAGGGGCAAAAAGGAUGUCCACCUCAAUAGGAACCAAGGAGGUGUCCCUUUUAUUAUGUAUAAGCUAGUCUGGCUGAGGCCUUUCUUACAGACCAAGUUUGGCUGGAGAGUGUAAGAGGCCUUAGCACAGCUGACACCAUGUUAGAGGCACCGUUCUGACCCCAGCACCUGCCAAACAGGAACAAAGAUCUAAUCCAUCAAUGACCCAGAGAGUCCCUAAGUGUAUCAACCUUGCUUUUUGACAUCUGUAGUUUCAAUUCUCACUAACUCUUUUUGCUAACAAAAUUAUGGUUUUUAUGCAGAAAAGGCAAAGAAUGAGGCUCAGGCAAGCUCCUCACGCUGCUGCCAGGUGCCAAGCAACACAGACUUUCCAUUCUUUAAGAGUGUCUGUUUGUUCUCUCAUGAUCUUGCCUUUCAACAAAAGGAUGGCCUUCUCCAGAAAGCAACUUACCACCUAGGACAGGCUGGUGGCGCAAUCAUGCAUACCUACAUACAAAGCUGUUUGCUUUUUUUCUUUUUGGGAUUUUUGUCUGUUUUUUUGUUGUUUUGUUUUUGUUUUCUCGAGACAGGGUUUCUCUGUGUAUC